AUGGCGCCGAACGGCAGCCUGGAUCUGCCGGAUCUGUCCAGACUGUUUGCAGGAGAGGAGCAUAUAUUGUCAUGGUAUAAUGUGCCGAUACAUACUUGGACGGAUAGGAGUCCGAACGAGCAGGACACGACACUAUGGAGAGACGUACUGAGUAACGAGCAUGUCCAGGUACAGAUCCGCCAGGAUUACCCUUCAUUUCAGACCAAGACACCUGUUGGCGCAAAGCGUUUGGACACUGCUACAGCAGCUAUCAAUGUCGCUCCUUCUUCAGACAAACACUACGAUAUUCCUCAGAUCAAGGCAGAUGCAUCAUGGAUCUCUCAAGAGUUGGCAGUUAACGAGGUACAAGCUCUGAGAGUUGUUCUUCUUGAGUGGCAGAAUCGGCCUCGAUUGCACUUACGCGCUGGAUAUUCGAGUGCCGAAAUUGCUAGUCUGAAGGACGUCUAUGGAUCACAAUUGGGUUUCGAUGCUCGCUUCGAAACGUCAAUCCUUGCACCUAGAGAUGAGGAGGACUUCGCGACUGAUUCGGCUCGGCGCCGGAGGCAGGUCUUCGUUCACUUUCAGGAAUGUAUAGGUCUGAGUCGAAGCUGGCUGGCCUUGCGGAAUCAAGAAAUCGCAAACCAGCUGCGUUUCGACGAGUCUCAAGUACCAAGAAUUACUGAAUCCAGUAUCCAACACUCUAUGAACACCUUAGUAAAGCAGAUUCAGCAAGCCGCUGAAGGUCCCAAAUGGUCUGUACUUGACGAUGACACAAACUCGAUCUGGUCCGUAGGUCAGCUCUUUCAUGCUCAAUAUCUAAUGCAGGUUGUCAUCUGGGGCCUUCGACACCUCUCUUCCUGCCCGGCUGAGUCUGUCCAGCAGUGGUUCAGGACUCUGGCAGACUACGAAUUUCUUCGCAGGAUGGAACCUGGUCCACUGCUGUCGCCAGCCGAACUCCAAGAAUUACACUCCCUCGUCUCCCUGACUACGUUGGCAUUAAUAGAUCCGACUAACAGCGCGGCCCAGCUUGACUUAGGCACUCAACAGCACUGGAUGCGGAGUUUUGAUGUUGUCUUUGAGGUUCACCAAAUCCUACUGAACGCUCUCGAUCAGGGUUGUCUACAAGCCAUGCCUGCUGCUUUUGCUUGGGCUCUGCUAUUGCAACGAGUGCAAAAUCGUGCCGAAGAGGCGAAAAAUAGACGAGACAGUCCGCUCCUUACUAGGUCUGCCGAAAGUAGGAGUUUUGAUGCUGCCACUGGUAGACGGACUUCAAUGGCAAGCUCCGUUGAGGAGAGCCUAUACGAGCAGAUCAGAGACGCUGUGAGAGCUGCUACGCCUGACCUCGAUCCGGCUGCGUUUUUGCUUCAAAAUACUAUAUACAAUCCUGGAGUCGCACACGCACUGCUGUCCAUGGCCCAAGCUUUGCCAUUGACCCUGUUGCCAAUGGUGCAGCAGGCCAAACUCAUGUUCUUGCAGGAACUAAUUGUCAUAGCAGUCACGGAAUUGCCAGAUGAAGAAGCAUAUAGCGAGAACAUCCUCGAGCUGCAGUUUACCGUUCUUGAGCCGCCUCAGUCGAUACACUCGCAUGAUUUUGAGUAUAUUGAUACGUGUGGUCUGUUUCUACAAUCGGAAAUCCUAGACGCCAGGCUUUUCGAACUGGCGGCAGCUCGAUUUCCCUACGAAGCCUUGCCAUUUCUGCAAUUGUGCCGACAGCUAGCACGUGCUGAAGUCUUCCACGAAGGCAACCAAUAUAUAACCUGUCGCCUAAGGUCGUUGCACUCCUUCACCACCGUCGCUAGUGGGCCCUUCAGUAACUACCAUACUAUUCGCGAGGAUGAGAACUCCAAUCUGGUUGCCUUGAAUGAGAGCACUUAUGCUUUUCCUGGAGAAACUUCGUCUCUCAUUACUCAGGAUGCCGAUACCCAGGGAAGAAUGAUUAUCGAAGCAGACACUGAAGGGAUCGUCGUAUCGGGCGACGAAUCGAGAGUCGUCAAGUGGAUACAUGAAUACUCAGGACUUUCAGUGAUUGGGGAGUGGCUCGAGCUUCAUUGCAAUGGCCUACUACACCAAGUCCUGGCAACUCGUGAAGACCCCACACGUGUAGCAGCAGAAAUGAUUCUUUUGCUUGCGAACCUUUUGAGCACAACUUGGUCAGGAAACAAAGACCAAGCUCAUCGGGAUACUGCAGUCGAUGUCAUCAUUAACGAAGCGAGUGCUCACGUUACUCUUCGGAGGAAUGUUGUGGACCUAAUCCUCGAUAUCCUCGAGCAAGAGCUACAAGGUUACAGACGACGACCUUCAGGCAAAAACGAUGCGUGUGUGCUCGCAGCAGCAUUGACUUUCGCACGUGCAUUUCUGCUGGUCAAGCCCGCAAAGUUUUGGCCUGCUUUUGCGAAGACGAGCGUGGUCAAUGCUCAUCGUGGAAGCAGUUUACUCUAUCUGGUCAUGUCCGGUAUCGAGUCAGCGUCACGCGAUGCCUCCAUUACACUUGUUGCGUCCCGCCUCUACCGAGACAUAGUCACUGCUGCAAUGCAGAAAGUCCCAGAUUCUAGUGUCGCACAUCAAUGGCGUGGGAGACCUGAAUCCAAGACUCUAAACAACACAGAGAAGACAUUCGAAAUGGUCUUGUCAAGCAUGACACAGAAUAUGCUCGAGGUUUUCGAGUCCAUGUCGCAAUGGAAACAUCUCCAUCAGUUACGAUAUUCCCAAAUUGUUGUCAACUUAUCACAUAGCUUCGACAAUUUGAUAAAAUUCAGAUAUGGUAUUGGGACUACUUCGUCGGCUCUCACGACUUGUUUCGACUCUGCCGCCAGUUUGAUAUUGACUCGUCUCCGUCCAGAAGCUGCUGGGGAUGCGAAAUCAGGUCCAGUCCUAUUGCAUUUGAUGGACAUACUUGACAUGCAUGAAUCAUUAGGCACAGACUCGAUCGGUAGUGUUCACCAGGAUAUGCUUCUGCUAUUAUCACAAACACUGAUGAAUGUGGCACGGACUCGACAACUCCCGACAUCUGGGCUAGAACUGUGCUUGUUUGAUCUUGCGCCUGUUUUUGUCCGCGUCCUCGAUGCAUUGACCAGCGAUCAGAUCUCAACACAAAUCCUUGGGUCGCUGCUUGUCGCGGUACCGCACGUGAAGCCGGUAUCACUAUUAGGUCACCUCGGGUCAGAGUCAUCCAUCGACUCCGUCAACAUUCUCCUCACAGGGCUGUCUUCCUCAAGACAAUGCAAUCGUGCAGCAUUCUGGAGAUUGUUCGACAUGCUCAUCAGCAGGAAUCAGCAAUGGCUGGCGGUGGUACUUCUGACUGGUUCGAAGCCCGACAAGGACCGGAAAAUACCAUCCAAAGACGUGAGUGUCUAUCGUGGUAGGCUGAUCAUCGAGAGGGCUUUGGACGUCCUGAUCGGGAUUGACCUCAGUCCCAACGCGAUGAACGAUCACAACUUGAUCAUGGCAGUUCUGAAGUUCAUGAUCACUGCACAGCAAAACUGGUCGUGGGCAUUGUCUUCGCUCCGCACCCGUCAAGAAGUGUUCGCCCAUCUUGUUCGAUAUGUCUCGCAAACUCCCGAUCGAAAGCACACAAAGGCAGAUGCCCUUCGAUGGCAGAUCAUAGCACUAGUCACAGAUCUAUCGUCAGUACAUUUGCAGUAUGCCAAGUCAGUACGAGAUCUCGGCUUAAUGAAGGUCUUCAUUCCUCUUGUCAACUGGCUCACGACAAACGGCAUCGAAGUCUCAAGCUAUAAUGCUUCACUUCAUACCAAUCUACGCAGAAACUUCCAAACAAAGUUCCAUUUCGAUCUAGAAGAUCUCAAGAGCAACCGAUUACACCUCUCAGAAGACGAUGAAUAUUUUGAUCUCAGUGCUGCCGAUCUCAUUUUGGCAGGCAAUUCAGCGUGGAAACCGCAAGGGAGCAGAUCCAGAAGUGCAGAUCAAUCUUACCGAGCCGAGUUAGAGAGAGCUAAUGACAACUUACGCACAGUGGAAGCCGAACUUGUCGUGCUUCAUAGCUUUCAAAGAUUCUGUAUCGAGCAUGCUGCGUUCUUUGUGCAAGACGCGAACAUCCAAAAGACCAUGGCUCAUGUCAUUCAACGCUGUCUGAUGGCGAAUACCACUAAAUACCCAGCAGAACAGCUCUUCGACAGCCUUGUCCAGACACGAUGCGAAAUGGCUCUGGCCCUCAUUCAACAACUAGUGGGGAAGAAGGUACACGGAUCAGACUACCGAGAGCUCCUGAAACCAGCAUGGGAGAGCGCAGUCUACACGGCCACGAAUUAUGAACAAGCUCUUGCAAACGACGAUCUACAAUGCUGGCGGACUAGCCUCUCGAUUGUGCUGUUGACCUUACAGUUUCACAUCGGCACAGGUUGGAAACCUCUCGCGAGCCAAUCUCACACAAGCGCGGACUUACUCAAGCACGUCAACAGCGUUAUGCCACAGAUCGUUGAGCUAGUCACCGUGGUCGUUGGGAAAGGUUUGGCAACCAUUGUGUCGACAUUGCAGGAACAGAAGCAAGCAGAAAUGCAACAACAGCAGAUAGUCAAGACUGAUAUCGGGAUCAAGGAUCUCGCACUCGUUCUCAACAUCUUCGAAACUGUUCUGCGUUUGUCGCGCCUGCCGGACGUUGUGUCGCAACUCACAGAACGAUUAAUUGCGACCGGUACGACACAAUCCGCCUUGAAGUUGUACAUGUGGUCACAUCUGCUCGCUGGCUCAGAGACAGACAACGAUCCAGUUCAUGCACUCUACGCAGUGCGUCUGCUCGCGUCGCUAAGUGCUUUGCCUAUGGUAGCGGAGGAGAUGGCAAUCGAAGGCAUACUUAGCAGUAUUUUGACGGCUCGCGUGACGCAGGUAUUGCAACAAGUGCCCGGAGCUGCCGGUAGCCUUGACCAGAGACAACACUGUCGCAUACUAUACACCAUCUGGGCUGAAGGCAUAUUACCGUUAGCGCUCAACCUGUUGCAUGCAGUUGGAGGACCAAUAGCGGCUGAGAUUGCCACAUUCUUGAACACUUUCCCAGAACAACUCAAGCGGGCGAGCACAAGCCUGCGACCACGAGCAGGUGACUUCAUCACUCUGUCCAACACUAAGGAGGUAAUGACAUUGGCAUUGUUGUCCUUUAUUCUGGAGGACUAUCGCAAUGCAGGCGCAUCCGCCGCAGUCGAUCCCUCCACAAUUUUGCCUAUUACAGAAUUCGACAAACACAAGAAAGCAUUACUGAGCGAUGUCCGGGAACAUGUCGAGCUGGACAAGAAUGUAUUGAAGAGUAAAAUUGUGCCAACGAAUGAGAAGGAGCUGGCGUGGCACGUGGAUGGCACCCUCACUGAAAAGAUUCAGGUCGAGUUACAGGCGGCCAUGAUGUGUCUGAAGGAUAUCGAUAAUGAUGAGACAGACACUGCAACAACAGAAGAGCCGGACAACGUUUCUGGAGCCUUUGGCAGGUUAUAA